GAGCUCUCCGCGCCGUCUCCACCCGCACGCGCCAGCAAGGGCUUUGUUUCGCGGAUCAAACGGAGAUGAGCGAGUACAGAUGAACUCUGAUCUCAGCCCUCCACACCCGCUAAAGCGUCCGAGCUCGCAGUCGUCAUGGAGACGGUGGUGAUGGUGGCCAUCGGGGUGCUGGCUUCCAUCUUCCUGGCCUCGUUGGUAGCGCUGCUUGUGGUGUGUCGCCAUCGCUACUGUCGUCCGCCUGCCAUGCUGCGCCAUCUCGGCUCCAGACCCACGGUGGAUCUGAUAGGAGCUAUGGAGACCCAGAGUGAGCCCUCAGAGAUGGAGCUAGACGACGUGGUCAUUACCAACCCGCACAUAGAGGCCAUCCUGGACAACGAGGAGUGGAUCGAGGACGCCUCAGGGUUAGUCUCUCAUUGUAUCUCCAUCCUGAAGAUUUGUCACACCCUGACAGAGAAACUUGUUGCCAUGACGAUGGGCUCUGGAGCAAAGGUGAAGGCUCCGACCAGCCUUAGUGACAUCAUCACAGUGGCCAAACGCAUAAGCCCGAGGGUGGACGAUGUGGUGCGGUCCAUGUAUCCCCCACUGGACCCCAUCCUGCUUGAUGCCCGGGCCACCGCCUUGCUGCUGUCGGUCAGCCACUUGGUGCUGGUGACCCGGAACGCCUGCCACAUGUCUGGCAGCCUCGACUGGAUUGACCAAUCACUGCACGCAGCCGAGGAUCACAUGGUCGUGCUGAGGGAGGCAGCCCUGGCCUCUGAACCUGAGAGAGGGCUGCCCGAGAGAGAGCAGGCUAUCUGACACACACACACA